AUGUUGCCUCCGUUUGAUUAUUUCCAAUACACCAAGAUCCGCAAUGCAAAGCGGCGCGAACGCGAAGUUCGCUUUGCCUCGCUUAGCCCCGACUAUCACACUGCCUUCUCAGCGUCAGACAAAGCCAUUAUCAACAAGCCUAUCGAGGAGCUUGUCGGCGAUGUCCACAACGGCACCAUCUCUCCCGUCGAUGUAGUCCGCACAUAUGGAAAAGUUGCCGUUAAAGCCCACGAAAAGACCAAUUGUGUCACCGAGCUUCUUCUGCCCGAAGCAGAGCAAUGGGCAACCACUGAAGUCAAUCUCAAAGGCCCCCUGGCAGGUAUUCCUGUGUCGCUGAAGGACUCUAUCCUUGUCAAGGGAUUUGACACUUCGGUUGGAUACGCCAGCAAGGCACUCAACCCGAGCAAAGAAGACGGAGUUAUCGUCAAAUUGCUCAAAGAUGCUGGCGCGGUUCCUUAUGCCAAGACGGCGUUGCCCGUUACGCUGCUCAGCUUUGAGUCAGCAAAUGGACUUUGGGGAACCUGUCGAAACCCUCAUGUUCCGGAAUACUCACCCGGUGGUUCCACGGGCGGAGAGGGUGCGCUUCUUGCCCUUGGUGGCCGUAUAGGCAUCGGCUCGGAUGUCGCUGGUAGUGUCCGGGCUCCUGCUGCAUGGAGCGGAAUUUAUUCGCUACGCUGUAGCACUGGCCGUUGGCCAAAGACUGGCGUCGACACGAGCAUGCCAGGGCAAGAAGGUGUUCCUAGCGUGUUCAGUCCGAUGGCACGGACUUUGAAUGAUCUGGCCUACUUUACAAAAAGUAUCAUAAACAUGCAGCCCUGGAAAUACGAUUUUACGGUCCACCCGAUCCCGUGGAGAGAGGAUGAAAAGAAUCAGGCAUGCAACAAACAGUUGAGAAUAGGUGUAUUGAAGUCGGACGGGGUCAUCCCGCCUACGCCCGCCAUCGUACGAGCUAUCGACACAACUGUAGACGCACUCACAGCUGCAGGUCAUACUGUGGUGGAAGUUACUCCCCCGGCAACUGCGGACCCUUUUACGGGAUUUAACCUAGCUUCCCAACUUCUAAAUUCUGAUGGCUGCGUGACGUUCAAUUCUCAUCGGUACUCUUUCGAACCUACUGACCCCGGCGCUGCUCAGUUAAGUAGGAUCGCUUAUCUGCCUGGCCCUCUUCGGUAUAUAUACUAUCUCUAUGUUCGAUACGUCAAGGGCGAUGCAAAAUGGGCAACGGUGAUCCGCGGAUUCGGACCCAAGAGCGCGGCAGAACUGUGGCAGCUCACGGCUCAGCGGGAGCUGUUCCGGAAGACAUGGCAUUCCUGGUGGGAUUCGGAACCCCAACAGUAUGACUUUAUCUUGUGUCCCGGAAACGCAACACCGGCUCUACCUCAUGGAGCUAUGCAUGACGCUGUGUCUUCAUGCGGAUAUACGUUUUUGUGGAACUUGCUUGACUAUGCGGCAGGUAUCCUCCCUGUGGGACAUGUCGAUCCUAAGCUGGACGCAUUACCCUAUCAAGGCAAGCGAGGGUACAAAGCGGCACUGAAGUCGAUAGGGCACAAUCAUGCGAUGGCGCGCGGUGCGUGGAUGCACUAUGAUGCGGAGAAGAUGGCGGGGCUCCCUACGGCGGUGCAGGUGGUGGGACGUCGCUGGGAAGAAGAGAAGGUAGUGGGAUACAUGACAGCAGUUGAGUCUGCGUUGGAACAGGCGGGGGAGAAAUACUCCAUCUUGGAAGUCGAUUAA